CAUACGUACAUACACACUGCCACUUGCUUACUGUUCGCUGUGUGUAUGUAUGUGUGUGCGUGUCUCUUCCACAUGUGCACACACAAACACAACCACACUCACACAAAUAUGAAGUAAAAUGGCGGAGCUACUAUACCUAACAAACACUGGAUUACUGACACUCUUCUAUUUCUCGCUAUUCUGCAAUCAACUAGAAAGAAUACUCGCUUACCACUAUUGGAACCAUGAUAUAUCUGAUAGUUUACAACAUUCUGAUGGCAGAUGGGUGCCAAAACGAAAUUGUACAGAGGGGAAAUUUGGCUGGAGAUGUUUGUCGAUUUGUAACUGCCGCCAUAAAAGGUCAUGUGAUCCCCUGACAGGUGCUUGUCUAGAAGGUUGUAAAAAUAACUUCUAUGGCACAAAUUGUCUUUUAAAAAAUAAGUGUAUGUAUGACAGUCGUGGCAUAACCUAUGCUGGUAGUGUUGCUAAAUCCAAGACAGGCAAACCUUGUUUAAGUUGGGAGGGCCAGCAUGGAGUGAGGCGAGAUAUGUUCCCUGAUGGAAAAUAUCCAAAAAACUACUGUCGCAAUAUAAACAUGUCAGCUGACUAUGCUGCAAACCCUUGGUGUAUGGUGACAUCAUCUGAAUAUGAAGAUUGUAAUAUUACAUCUUGUGUUUGUCCUGAAUAUUGGUUUGGAAUUGGAUGCAAAUAUGAGUGUCACUGUAAAAAAAAUGACAAGUGUGAUAUAAAUGGUAUCUGUAAGUCUGGUUGUGCUGCUGGCUGGACUGGGAACAACUGCCAAAAUAGAUGUAAGAGUGGAACAUAUGGAGACAGCUGUCGCAACAAGUGUGGCAACUGUAAAAAUAACAGUUGCAACCCAGAAACUGGUGUAUGUGAACAACAUUGUAUAGCAGGUUUCACAGGAAAUUAUUGUAUUACAGAAUGUCCAAAUGGUCAAUAUGGCCGAAAUUGUAACUUGAGAUGUGGGAAUUGUCGUUUAGAUAAUUCCUGCAACACAAGAACUGGCCACUGUAAAUAUGGGUGUCAACCAGGAUUUAUGGGUCCAACAUGUAAAAUAAAAUGUGCCAAUCCUCAUUAUGGACAUAAUUGUUCAUAUCCAUGUGGUUACUGUUUGAAAGGUACAAGUUGUCACCAUGCAAAUGGAAAAUGUCCUAAUGGCUGUGAAUCUGGCUAUAUGGGAGAGAACUGCAGAACAGUUUGCGAAUACGGUUUCUAUGGUCAAAACUGCAAUAUGACCUGUGGAUGGUGUGUCAAAGGGAAAGAAGAAUGUCAUGUUGUUACUGGCAAAUGUGUAAAUGGCUGCCAAAAAGGUUAUGAAGGAACUACUUGUGCUAAAGCUGUGGUACCCUCUAAAAAGAUGUCAACAACGGGUGCUGUUGUAGCAGCCCUUAUUGCUUCUAUAGUCGUUGUUUUAGUCACCUUUCUUGUUUUCCACAGAUAUCGCAGGAAUCAGAAGGUGAAGCACAGCAGCUUCCGAGCGGGACCUGAUGUUGUACCAGACAUACCUGAAGGUAGCAAAGAAACAGACCCUUUCCUCAUUGGAAGCCCGCAUGAAAAUGGUCGUCAUAUAUUACCAACAACUCAUUCUUCCCCUGAACCAUCUGAAAAUGGAGAAACAGAUGAACCAUUAUACAUGAAUGUAAAUACAAAGAAGAUGAAUAGUCCAGUUAAAAUAGAAGAUCUCUAUAAUUAUAUACAAACGAACAAAGCCAACAAUACUUCUGGUUUCAGGAAAGAAUUCAAGCAACUUCCGGAAGGUCUAUUAGCAAUGUGUACUACAGCUCAACGAGAAGAAAAUAAAGAGAAAAAUAGAUAUAAAGACAUUAUUGCAUAUGACCAUUCACGAGUUCACUUAGACUUGGUUCCAGGAGAUCCUUAUUCUGAUUAUGUUAAUGCUUCAUAUCUUGAUGGUUAUAAAAGAGAAAAAGCAUAUGUAGCUUCGCAAGGACCUAACAAACCCAUGUUGAAAGAUUUCUGGAGAAUGGUAUGGCAGAAAAAUAUUUGCAAAAUAGUCAUGCUUACAGAUACUGUUGAAGCAAGUAAGAAGAAAUGUGAAAAAUAUUGGCCAGAUUCCGGUGUUGAAAAGUAUGGCGAGAUAAUUGUGGAAAAUAUUGAUAAUGCAAUUUUCACAGAUUAUAUUAUUAGAACAUUUAAACUUAACAGAAAUGAAAAUACAAGGAUUGUUAAACACUUUCACUUCAUCACCUGGUCAGAUCAUGGAGCACCAAUGCAUCCAACCUCUUUAUUAAUAUUCAAACGUAAAGUUAAACUUUAUAACCCAAAUAGUUUGGAUCCAAUCUUGGUCCACUGUAGUGCUGGCUCCGGACGUACUGGUUGCUUUGUUGCCUUGGACUACUGUAUGGAGCAAGCGAAGAGUGAAGGCAUUGUAGAUGUUCUCGGAUGUGUUCAAUUGAUGAGGACAAACAGAGUUAAUAUGAUUCAGAAUAUUGACCAGUACAUAUUUGUGUAUGAUGCUUUGUUAGAAGCCACUAUGGCUGGUGAAACUACCAUUCCAAGAUCAAUGUUUAAUGAGACGUACCAGAAAUGGUGUCUUCCAAAUAAAGAUUCAUUUUUGAGUAAUAUAGAGGAUCAAUUUAAAGUAUUAUAUCAACUGUGUCAACCAGUUCCUCGAGAUGAAUACCGUGCAGCUCUUGAAAGUGAAAAUCUCUCUAAAAAUAGGUUUAAGAAUAUAUUGCCAGCAAACCGAUGUCGGCCAUAUCUUUACACAAUGGCAGAUGAUUGCAAUGACUAUAUUAAUGCAGUUUUUCUACCUGGUUACACCAGACAGAUCGCAUACAUUGUAACACAAAUGCCUUUACCUAAGACUUUAGCUGAUUUCUGGCGCUUGCUUUAUGAUCAUCAAUCUGACACUGUAGUCAUGCUGAAUGACUAUGACCGCAAUGAUAAGACAUGUGCUUUGUAUUGGCCAGAGGAAUAUGGCUACACAGUGGAACAUGGUCCACUGAGCAUACAGUUAUUAUCAUCAUCUGAAAUAGACCCUACUGUAGCUGUAAGGGUUUUUCAGUUGCGUCAUGUAAGCAAGGGCGAAGAACGAGCUAUCAAACAGUUUCAAUUUAAUGCCUGGCCUGGAAUGCAGAAACUUCCAAACACUACUGCUUCAAUAAUUAGGUUAUACAAUCAAGUUCAAGAAUGGCUGUCACAAAAUGGAAAGGGACCAAUCACUGUACAUUGCAUGGAUGGGGCACGGCGCAGCGGUCUGUUUUGUGCAAUCAGUGCUGUUAUAGAGAGAAUGAAAGUAGACAGGGAAGUAGAUGUCUUCCAGACUGUGAAACAAAUUCGUGUAAACAGAUAUCAAUUCAUUGAAGAUGUUGAGCAGUAUGAUUUUUGUUACAAAGUUAUACAACAGUAUUUAAACAGUCAAUGAAAGUGAGAAGCUGGUAUGAAUUAUCUAUGGUUAUACACAAAUUCUUGUUAUGAAGGUAUCACUGCCGAACGAUGAUUUACAAAAACAAAUGAUCCAUUAUUUCUUUAGUGCCGUACUUUUGGAGAAUAUAUUCCCAGAAUCAGGGAAAGUAUUCAUUCAAUAUGCAAAAAUAAAGCGAAAAAGCAAGCUGUUCAUUGGACCAUCGUUCUAUCCCUCUGUCCUUGUCAAUUAAUUUUAUGAAACAACUGAGCUACAGGCCAAUCCAAACAAGUUAUAAAUCUCAUUUCAGUGCCAGUCUUAGGUCACACUGUGACCUUUGCUGCCUGCCUAUCUGUCUUUCUAUACCUACCUACUUGCCUAUCUACCCAUCUAUCAGUCUGUUUAUCUAUCUGACUGUGUCUGUAUAUCUCUCUACAUACUUACCUACCUAUUCAUAUAUUUAUCUAUUUGUCUACACUCUCCGGUAUCCAGGUUGGUUCUUUGCUCUUAAUCUCUUCAUUAAUAUGCAAUCUGCUAAUCUAAUGUAGAUAAGCAUGUAAGAAAAAAAAAAAUCAAAUCUGUGGUAGGGACAAUUUUUUUUUUUGUCCUUCUGCUCCACCGUACCCCUUUAAUUUUUCAUCCUUGGAAAUUCCUGACUUUUAUUAUACUGAUAUGACUAUUUUUCAUUUAAAAAAAAAGAUGCAUUUUCAAACACGUUAUCUGUAAAUUUUUUGCUUUGCUUUUAUUUCAUUUUUAUUUUAUUUCAAAUUGUUGUGCCCAACAGACUUUGUCCUGCUGAUCCAAUUUGCCCCACUUCCUCUUCCCUUGUUCAUCAAAUAUGAAUUUUUUGUCAGAAGUCUUUCGUUAGUUAAAUUUAUUAUUAUAAGGGUGGUGAAUUGGCAGAAUGGUUUGUGCUGGAGUAAAAUGCCUUGUGUUAUUUGUUCUGGCUCUCUUACAUUCUGAGUUCAUAUCCUGCCAAGGUCAGCUUUGCCUUUUAUCCCUCCAGGCUCAAUAGAAUAAACUAUCAGUCAAAUAUUGCAGUUGGUUUAAUUGACUCAGCCUCUCCCAAAUCUAGGGCCUUGUGCCUAUAUUAGAAAUGGUUAUAUAUUGCAUAGUGGAUUGGAAAAAUAGUUAGAGCAGCAGAAAAAUGUCCUGCAGUAUUUGUGCUAGCUCUUUCCAUUCUGAGUUCAGUUCCUGCCCAGGUCAACUUUACCGUUCAUCUUUUUGGAGUUGAUAAAAUAAAGUACCAGUGAAAUACUGGGGUCGAUGGUUUCGACUAACCCCUUCCCUUCACAAUUGCUGGCCUUGUGCCUAAAUUAGAAACUAAUAUUGUUAUAUUUUAUUUCGUUAAAUUUUUUAUUUAUAAUUUUUCUUUUACUUCAGACAUUUUAUUCACUUAACCCCUGCCCCUUGUUUACACUUAGUGUAAAAAAAAAAAAAAAAACAGAGAGAAAGGCAAAAAAGAAAAAAAAAACCUUUCUCAUCAUUUCAUUAUGCUUACCCUACUAGCCCUGUUCCCCACCCCCCUGUAUCUGAAACCCACUACAAUAUUGAACUGCUGGAAAUGGUAAAAAAAUAUUCUUCUUGAUAACCAACUGAUAUGAAAGAAAAUGAUAAAUAUAUAAAUAAAGGAAAGAAGAAAGAAAGCAAACUGUUCCCUUUCAUAUGAAAAGCAAAAAAA